AUGCAUCGGAUGAAAACAUCGAUGUAUUUUAAACAUCGAGUACUUUUUCUGAAAUUUUAUUACAAAACCCAACUGUUGUGGAAAGUGACCCAUUUCAAAAGAGGCCAUCUUUUCAUAGUAAAAAUUUUUACUAUUGAAGUUUAUGAAAAUACCUUAAUCUAUUUUAUUUUAUUAUAGUUUAGAUAUUAAUUAUAUAAUUGUAUUAUAGUUUAGAUAUUAAUCUUUUAUAAAAUAAUGGAAAUAACUCCUUUCAUAAUGAGUAGGUAAAAGUAAAUACAAGUAAAAGCCAUGUAUCAGAAAAAUCUGUAUUAUAUUUUACAAGAGAUCAAAUUAAAAAACACUAAAUAACCCGCAAAAUUUAUGCUGUCUGUCAAAAGAAUAUUAGAAAUAUACUUCAAUCUUAGUUUCUUUCACAUAACCAAAGGUUAUUUAAUGUUUAUAAACAUAGACACUCGUAGUUAUUUUAUAUUGUCACUGCACUGACUCCUGCGCAGUGCUGCCAACAUCGGGUCCACAUCAGAGAAUUCGGCAUAAUAUUAUAUUAUUUUAUAUUAUUAAUAAGUAAAAUUUUUGUAGUCAUACUUAAGUAUUUUUUACUGAGGUCAAACCAAAGAGGAUAAGAUCACUACGUGGUCAAACUCUAUUACCAAUUCGAUGUUUUUUUUAUAACAUCGAUGCAUCGAGUAUAUUGAAUGCUUUUCAAAACAUCGGAUCGAUUCGAUGUUUUUCAUUGCAAACAUCGAUGUUUUCGAUGCAUCGAUGCAUAUCGAAUAUCCCUACACUCACACUAAUGCACCAGGUCGGACAAUUCGCUGCCAUUUGACCCCGCGUGACAGCGCCAGUCACACGUUCAAUUGCUCCGAUAUUUUAAAAAAAAAUGCCGUUUGUGUGGUGAAAUCUUGUAAAAACUACACGAGUAAAUUUGAAAAGUCACAAGGAAUCACCUACCACGCUUAAGUAUUGACGAUUCUUGAUAAUUAUUGUUAAUUAUAUUUUAUUUACAAGGAUGAAAAUUGUAAACAAAAAUACAACUGUGUGGCUAUUUUAUUUACGGGAAAUUUCCCCAAAAAGUAGGGAAUUUUGUAUUUCUUGCAUUUGUGACUAGGCAAGAUCAGAUUUCGUAACUUUUUAGGGUUCCGUAUCCCAAAAGAAAAAGAAUAGAAGUCAUAUUAUUCAUAGAAUAUUUUAUAUAAAUUAUUGUCUUGUCUCCUUUCUAAUAGGUUUCCUAGAAAUAGAAACCAUAGAGAUGACUGGGUUUUAAUUAUUCGGGUUCGGUAUACCUCCCAGUACUGUGUGCAGUGCACACGUUUGGUUUUCGUUCAAACCGGAGCCUGUAAAGAAUCCGAAACGGCGGAAAAUGUAUAAAAAUAUUAAAAAUACAGUUGAAACCCGUUAACAAAACUAUUAUACAAAUAAACUUUUGAAACUAAAUUACGACAACCAAAAUGAUUACAAAAUGAAUUACAGAAAAAUCGGGAGCUCACAACGAGUAAAACACGUGGUAAAUAUCCCGUUAUUAUAAUAUAUAUUUGAUUACAUAAUGUUAACAAUGUUUUAGUUUGGGAGAUUUAAAAAAUGAUUCGUACGUUUUCCAAACCGGUGAAAUUAAAAGUCUUUUUUAAAGUAAAUAUAUUAUACAAAGGUGUCCGUUGAAAUCUAAUGACGUUAAAUUAAAUUAUAAAUUACGCCAAGAAUUACCAUGUAUGUCAAUAUUUUUUGUGCGUUUGCGCCAAUUUGAGCAAUUUCCUUUCAGAUCUUUAAAACAGAAAAUCUCAAGUUUAAUCUAUGCCUGAAUUAGCGCUAUCAUUUUUAAUGUGUGAGUGUCGUAAUUACCAUUUCGUUUUUGCGAAAGUAUGUUGGAUUGCAUUUGUGUGCAUAUUCCUUCCUCCCCCCGCACAAUAACAAACAAACAAUCAAAUCUUUCUUCUUUAUAAUAUACUAGGUACAGUAAACACUACCUUUUGGUGGUAUAUUUCUGUCGGUGAGUAAGGUUUCACGGCUCCACGGGGUAGGGGAUUGGGUCAGGGCAGGCAACGGUGAGAGUGAUAUUUUUUGUAUCGCAAGCGUUUAUAGGCUAUGUUGGCCGCUUAUCAUCAGGCGGGUUUGUUUGCCACCCUUUAAACAUAAAAAAAAAGUUUAGUGUCGUAGGCUCCCUUACUUUGAUAACUGGGUUAGGGUUCUAUUUUAUAUAUAAAGUCCAAAUCAUAUCUUGACGAACAAAUCAGCUAUUUUUCCAAAUUUAUUGUAAUAGGUUCGCGCCGUAUUUGCGAUCUAAUCUAGAAUCUAAUAGGUACACUGGUAUAUCUUACUUUAUCAUCCUCGGUCGGUCUAAAAUGUCGCUACAUGCAGGAGCUUUCGGCCUUACUGCCGGCCCUUUGUAUGGAGGGAAUAGUGAGAACGGUCACGACACCACUCGCACCUAAUGCAGAGUAGUUGUUUUUUUUUAUUUCAGGCGGUGAGUGUAACGGUAAGUUAGCCAACCUGCAGUCUCCACUAAUGAUCCAGGAUUCCAUGGUCGGUGCCGCCCCGUCCCGAUGCGUGGUGUGCGCGGCGAGUGGUCGGCCGGCUGACCACAUUAUGGGGAGCGGGAGGUGUGACCCGCCGGUCACAAAGGGCAAACCCCCCGAACGAAUGGCCUCUGAGUCGUCGAUUCCCGGACGGGCACCCUCAGUGGGGGGGAUGUCCGAGUAGCCUCGGCCGCUCGGACCCCCCACGAAUGUUGUCGCCCGCGUUCCACUCUCUUCUCCUAGGAGAAGGGGCGAGGAGACGUGGGCGACCGGGAGAGGGGAGAGGGACGGGAAGAACUACGCUUCCCCUCCUGCUCCCCCCUUCCAGGAACGGCGGCCCCCCACUUGUAGUUUUGUCCUACAAAGGGGGGCGGUGGAGGGUUGAUUGGACAGGUACGCCCAAGUAGUUCUCCGCAGCGGACGGGGGGCGGUAUGGUGGGCACUAGGCCGCGUACUCAGCCCCCAAGCGCGGGCCUACCCGCGCACGUCUGCGGGGUCCCCGCAAUACCUCGGGAGACCCCUGCCGUUGAGCCCCGGCGAGGCCGGGAAGCUGCUGGAUGCGGGGAUGCAGAGAAAUCCCUCACCAGGGAAUCCUGCGGCUUCGCAUCAAGCAGUGUUGAAGGUAUUCGGAGGACUUUUUUAGCGGAUAUUAUGCCGUAAAGCGCCCGUAAGAGUUGCGGGGUCCUCGGUGGGCAGCUACUAGGGGGUCCGUAAGACUUGCGGGAGCCAGGUGUGAGGUCCGUUCGGCGGUGUGCCUCCUAAAGGCGCCGUUGUUCUGUAAAUAGCAUUUUUUACCUGCGUAAAAAAAAAAAUGAUCGGUAGUGUUAAUUUGUAUGUGGAGCACAUACUUGUCGUUUAAAGAUUUAAGCGUUCACUUAAUUUACAUCCGUAUACAUUUAACAAGCAAUGCUUUGUUAGAAAAUAUUAAUUUGUAAGCGCAAUUCAAUAGUCUGUACUGAGGAUUGUACAGACUAUUGAGUUGUUGACCGAUUAUUAGUUGGUGUUGGUUUUACCUAAUAGUGAGCAUUAUUUCAAGGACGUGUUGCAUCUUACUUCUCUGCAUAUGUCUUGGACGCGCAUCGGAACAUACUUAAACUAGCGUUUCUUAAAACCCAUGGGAACUGCGAAAAUCAAUCCAGCAGAUGGGUGAGACCAGUGCAAAUUUAUAGAGAUUCAAACUUGUCUAAAGUGGGCGAGGCGAAAGCAACGAGACGGAGCGUUUUUAUUUUGAAGUCUACGAUGUCGUUUGAAUCUCAGUCAUACAUGAAUGCGAAGGAUCUAAGUAUUAUACAAUAUAAAUGAAAUCAAAAAAGGAAUCUUUUUUUCAGGUCCGUGUGUAAAGCAUAGACUAGUCAGUUCGAGUCUCUAUAGUUCGGUGGCUGUUUUUAGAGUCUUAUAAUUGUGCGAUAGCCGAAAACCCAAAAGCACACCCUAUGUGAGAAAUACUACGUUCCAAUAUGUAUUUAUUUUAAACCAUUCUCUUCAUCUGCAAACAUGCCGAUUGAUUGAGGAAAACUAUUUCAUAAAAUCCUGAACAACUUUCUGGAAGUCCAUUUGUUUUAUAAAAUUACACUUAAAUUGGUAUUGUAUGUGAAGAUUAUUAAGCUGAUAAAGGAUAUAGUUUAGCUGUAUCGAAUAAUUUCUAGAAUGCUGCUGUUGUUACCAUACUCUUUGUUCAUUGCGAUAAACAAACUCUUGGCGCACUGUCUAUGCCAAAGCCAUGAAGACUUCACUGGAAAAGAAAAUUGUCGACAUCCGCCCGAAUACCAGUUUAAAAAAAUCUAUGUAGCUAACGCAUAGUAAUAUGAGUUUUAAACUGAUUUAUUAAACAUAAAUUUUAAUUUGGUCUUGUCAAUUAAAUAAGUACCUCAAAAAAAUAGGGUUUUGCUUCGAAAGUAGUGCACUUGAUUUUAUUGAUUUCAUAUCCCAGGUGAACAGUCUACGGCGCAUGCUCUUGAAUAGCUCUGAAAAUUCGUGACUGCGGCCGCAAAAGGAUUCCUUGCUGGGUUUAACAACAAGUUGUCAGUUGGGCCUACAGGAUGGGUAAGGAGAAGACUCACAUUAACAUCGUGGUUAUCGGCCAUGUGGACUCUGGCAAAUCCACGACAACAGGCCACCUCAUCUACAAAUGUGGCGGCAUCGACAAACGUACCAUUGAGAAGUUCGAGAAGGAGGCACAGGAGAUGGGCAAAGGCUCGUUCAAAUACGCAUGGGUACUGGACAAGCUAAAGGCUGAACGCGAGCGUGGUAUCACGAUUGACAUCGCGCUGUGGAAGUUCGAGACCGCAAAGUAUUAUGUAACCAUCAUAGAUGCGCCCGGCCAUAGGGACUUCAUCAAGAACAUGAUCACAGGCACUUCACAAGCGGACUGCGCGGUUUUGAUAGUGGCAGCUGGUACAGGCGAAUUCGAAGCCGGAAUCAGUAAGAACGGCCAGACUCGCGAGCAUGCGCUGCUCGCGUUCACGCUUGGUGUCAAGCAGCUGAUCGUGGGCGUCAACAAGAUGGACUCCACCGAGCCGCCCUACCACGAAGCGCGGUACGAGGAGAUCAAGAAGGAGGUGUCUUCCUACAUCAAGAAGAUUGGGUACAACCCGGCCACGGUGGCGUUCGUGCCGAUCUCGGGAUGGCACGGCGACAACAUGCUCGAGCCCUCUGACAAAAUGCCCUGGUUCAAGGGCUGGACCAUCGACCGCAAGGAGGGCAAGGUGGAGGGCAAGUGUCUCAUUGAGGCAUUAGACGCCAUUCAGCCGCCUUCCCGGCCGACCGAGAAGCCCCUGCGACUCCCCCUGCAAGACGUGUACAAGAUCGGCGGCAUCGGCACCGUGCCCGUCGGCCGCGUCGAGACUGGCAUCCUCAAGCCAGGAAUGGUGGUGGUGUUCGCGCCGGCUGCCAUCACGACGGAGGUGAAGUCGGUGGAAAUGCACCACGAGGCUCUACAAGAGGCCAUGCCCGGCGACAACGUGGGCUUCAACGUCAAGAAUGUAUCAGUGAAGGAACUCCGCCGCGGAUAUGUGGCAGGCGACUCUAAGAACGCGCCUCCUAAGGGCGCUUCCGACUUCACUGCUCAGGUGAUCGUCCUAAACCACCCCGGCCAAAUUAGCAACGGAUACACACCUGUGCUUGAUUGUCACACGGCGCACAUCGCUUGCAAAUUUGCCGAGAUCAAAGAAAAGUGCGACCGCCGUACUGGUAAGACAACAGAGGUGGACCCGAAGUCGAUAAAGUCCGGGGACGCGGCCAUCGUGAUGCUAGUGCCGACCAAAGCACUAUGCGUGGAGUCGUUCCAGGAGUUCCCGCCGCUCGGACGUUUCGCCGUGCGCGACAUGCGCCAGACUGUCGCCGUCGGCGUCAUCAAGAGCGUAACUUUCAAGGAAGUUACGACGGGGAAAAUCACCAAAGCCGCCGAGAAGGCCCAAAAGAAGAAAUAACUAUGGGGCACGUUGAAGCAAGCAGGCGGGCGCGCGCGGGCCGUGCGCUGGCCGCCCCGGCCUCGGCCCCGGCCCCCGCUCGCCGCGCCCCCGCCCCGGCCCCGCGCCAUGCCCGGCCCCGCCCCGCCCCCGCCUCCACGCACGAGCAGCUUCUUCACUGGUCAUCGCCCCACGCUCGCCCCCGAAGCAUGCAUUUAUCGUAGCGCCUCAUUAUUCAAGUUAGUUCGUUUUAGUUACGCUUAUGUGUUAAGUUUAUGUAUUUGUGAUUCUUUUAGUCGUAAGUCGCUCGCUGAGUUUGAGUUUCCGCAAUUGAAGGCUCGUUGUGUUUCGUUUUUCCAUCGGAAAGAAUUUAGGAGGAAAAGUGAUCGCGUCUACGUUGAAAUUUUAAACCGAUUCGCGCACGUUUUGACAUUUAAAUUUUUUUGUUGUCUACUAAUGCUACCUCCGGUUCCUCAGGCGUUAGAUUGUUUUGUAUGUGUUACACAGGUAUUAUUUUUGGCGUUUGAUUGGUCGUUGUCGAAAAUAUCCCAAGCAUUUGUUUCAAUAAACUCAUUGAAUUUGUAAUGUUAGACUUUUUUGACUGUGAAGUACAUUGAUCAUUUUCUAACUACUGAUGUUUUUUUAACAAAAUUGUAACUCUAAUAAUUUGUGAAUUAUUAUCAUUAUUCUGUUGUUAGAAAUGAUUGAAGAUUAGUAAUUAAGUUGGACAAACAUCAGAGUGUAGAAAAUGGGGAUAUUGGUUGUGAACCAAUACCUUGUAGUUGAAUUAGCAGUAUGAGUAAAGCGUUUAAAACGUAUGAUAGAAACUGAGGUCUUUGUAAAGCGUAGCAAUGUAAUUUCUGUUCCUAGUUACCGUUGUAAAUCGAUAUAUUUAUCAAACGUAGUAAUUGCGUGUAAAGGUUUAAAUUUUCAAGGUGGUUCGAGCAAUAUUCAAUAAAAAUAUCUUACAUACAUACGGAAAACAAACUCAAGACUCAUUUUAAGCUAAAUGUAACUUUGUAAUUUUUUCAAUAAUUUUGUAAAGACCUUAUCCUGAUAAACCAAUAAAGAAGCUACUGGUA